AUGUAUGGUUCAUCCCCCCUGCCCGCGUCAUCCUCGUCCUCUCUGCCGCCGAAUAACUCUGUGAAUUCUUCUGCACCACCACUUCCAUCCUCCUCUGCCUCCUCCUCCUCCUCCUCCUCCUCCUCCUCCUCCUCCUCCUCAUCCUCCUCCUCCUCCUCCACCACCACCACCACUGCCCCAACGGCGGCCGCUCAGGCAGCCGUCUCGCACAUCUUCGACCGCGACACAACAACCGGCACCACCCCCGCCUCUCCUGACUCCAGCAAUGAGAAUCAGGACUACACCUGUCCUCACUGCGACCGCACCUUCACCUCACACAUCGGCCUGGUCGGUCACUUGCGAAUCCAUCGCACAGAGACCGGCGAACCAGUGCCUGAAGCACCAACCUACACCCACCGCACUCGCCUCCACUGCCCACACUGCCCUCGCACCUUCAGGCAUCGCAUGGGCUUUUUCGGCCACAUGCGCAUCCACGACGACCUGCGGUAG